AUGAUUAGUUGUUGUGGCUGUUGUUCAGCUCUCAGACCGAGAUAUAAGCGAUUAGUCGAUAAUAUCUUCCCUUCCAAUCCUCAAGAUGGUUUAGUGAAGUCAAAUAUGGAAAAACUCACUUUCUAUGCCCUGUCAUCGCCCGAAAAGUUAGACCGAAUCGGCGACUAUUUGGCCCGUAAAGUGGCCCGCGAUUUAUCUCGACAUAGAAAUGGGUAUACGAUGGACGCGAUGGACCAAUUGUUGGUCGCCUGUCACGCACAGACACUAAACCUCUUUGUCGAGAGCUUUCUCAAGAUUGUUCAGCAACUUCUGGAGAGCCACGAGCCGGACAUGCAGUUAUUGGCCACUCAAUCGUUUGUAAAGUUUGCGAACAUAGAAGAGGACACGCCGUCAUAUCACCGUCGAUAUGACUUUUUUGUGUCCAAAUUUUCGUCCCUCUGUCACAACGGGAACAGUAAUCUAGAGGUGAGGAAUAUGUUGCGUACGGCGGGUCUGAACGGCUUGAAAGGUGUGAUCCGGAAGACGGUUAGCGACGAUCUUCAGGCGGACAUCUGGGAAGAGCAACACAUGGAUAAAAUAGUUCCAUCACUUCUAUUCAAUAUGCAAUGUCAGGACGUGCUCUGUAUGACCACCGGCUCCGUAACCGAUGGCUCCUCCCAGUCAGCGCCCGCCGCCGCCUCGUCGGUGGCCGAGCAGUGUCUUCGCGAUCUGAUUGGUCGGGCGGCGUUCGGUCACGUGCACAGUGUGGUGAAGCCCGUGAUCAAGCACUUGGACAACCAUCAGCUAUGGCAGGCCCGUCAGCCCAACGAGUUCGCUGUCCAGUCAUUCAAAGUGAUCAUGUAUUCAAUACAAGCGCAACAUUCCUAUGCAGUCAUCCAAAUGCUGAUGAGCCACUUGGACGACGUCUCCCGAUCUCAGGACAUACCACUCGACGCCCAGAUUAGGGUCCGCACCGGUAUUGUCAACGUUCUGUCAAACAUAGUAUCGAUUUCGGCGUCGGAAUCGAUCGGUCCGUCCGUUCUUGAGAUGAUUAACUCAUUGUUGCAUCACUUGAGGGCUUCCAUCAGUAAUAUACAGGACGUCAGACAUGUGGACGACGAGAAGCAGUUCCAGGAGACUGUGAUCAACACAUUGGGAGAGUUCGCCAACAAUUUGCCCGACUAUCAGAAGAUCGAAAUAAUGAUAUUUAUAAUGAGUAAAGCGCCGCCAACUGUCACCGCCGCCACUGACAUACAGCUGCAGAACAUUAUACUCAAGAGUUUGCUGAAAGUGACCACAAAAUACCGUACCGUUCAUAUGUCGCAAGCAUUUCCCACCUCUUUCUUGAAUCCAUUGCUGUCCCGUUCACUGGCCAGCGAUCCGAAGGUUCGGCUCACUGUUCAACAGAUAUUCCAUCAGCUGUUGGAUCGGCACAACAAUCUGCCCAAACUGUCGCGUCCGGUGUCGCUGUCAUCACCGGAUCAGUUGACAAUCGAAAAGGCCGACCGACGGGACCUGAUGUUCAUGAAAAAACACGGCACAGAACUGCUGUUCCACAUCUACGAGAACGUUCAGCUCAGCAAUAAUACUGAUAACAAUUUUGACGCCAUUUACGCAACGCUGGCGUUACUGUGCGUUGAGCUCAACUCCGAGGAGACACUGGCAGAGCUGUUGCGGUUGACGUUCGCCAUCCAAGACUUGGCCGCCGCCAAGGGAUCCACACUCGCCGACCGGCACAAGUCGUCGAUACACUGUUUGGUCGCCGGUUUCCUGCAUCUGGUCGGCCAUUUGGUGGCCAUUCCUGCCUAUUGUACUCACGUCGAGACAGUCAUCAAAUGCCGCACAGAGAAGACGCCGUGGUUUUUGCCGGAGAGGAACGCGGAAAACAAGCAAAACAAGUCCGCGCGUCGAGAUGUUAUCGACGCCAAACUGCACGCCAGCCCUCCCGACGACCUCUGGGAUGAGCUCAUGUUCAACAAAGCGGUCAUUACGGAGGCGUUGCAGAGCAGCGGACACGAUAUCAGCGCUCUAUUGACACCAUUUAUGCCACGAAAUAUGGUGGACUCAUCGAUGACCAGAAGUAUCAGUGAUCUCAAUACCAUUACGGUUGAAGUCGAUAGUGUCAACUCAUCGCCUGGACUGCCCCGGAGACAACCAGAAGAAGAGAUAACAUUCGAGUCGUUGCGAAAGAUAAUUAACGAACCGAUUAGUGCCAAACAGGACGAGCAGGAGAUCAGGCGAUUGCAAAUCGUGGACCGUUUCAAAAACGCCUCCUUUCACGACCUCAUCGCCCGAUACGAGCGAAAGUCAAACGAUUUGCAACACAAACUGCUGGAAGCGUUGACCAAAUAUUCCGCUUUACAGACAAUCGACGCCAACAAAGCGGUGGCGCCGGACGUGGAAGUGGUCGGCGACGAACAGUUCAUGGAUUGCGUGGACAGCGUUGCCAUCGGCGCCGGCGGUGACGAUGGAGGACAAGCGCUGACCGGCGAUAAGGACUGGCAUUUCUACGAGAAUCCGUUGAAGGAGUUGUGCGCCGAGUCUGAGGUGAAUGGCGUCGGACCACCGCUUUUCGCACUUAAAUUUCCCGAACUUUUUGUUUAUUAAUCGUUUCAAAAAUUAUUUCUAAUAUAAUAACAAAUGCUUUUAAAUCAAUCGUUGAAUCAAUUUAUAGAUAUCUAUAUUAGAGAAGCCAUGAAGUCAUUAGAGAUUUACUGUUAUUAAUGAAAUAAAUUUAAUUUAAUUCUUGAAAAAA